AUGGACGGAUUCGACGAAGAAGCGUUCAAGAAAUUCUUCCCAACCAGCUUUGGGAAGCAAGAAAAAACCACCAACGUUAACGCUCAGAUAGAUGUCUCGAAGCGGACAAACGUCUCUGUCAAGCCGGUUGAAGAUGAGAAACCGGGUCUAGUUGGAGACGCUGAGACUGACACCAAAUCUGACGCAGAACCGAAGAAAGACAUCGACAAAGAUGAUAGCGACGAUGAUGAUUCAGAUGACUCCGACGACGAUUCCGAUGACGAGGACGAAUUCCCCGUCUCCCACGAGCUGCUUCUUAAAACCCAUGACCGAGCCGUGACAACGUUGACGGCCGAUCCUGCCGGGUCGCGACUGAUAACAGGGUCGACCGACUGCUCGGUGAAACUCCAUGACUUUGCCUCCAUGACGCCGUCGACGGUGCGCGCCUUUAAAUCUGUCGAUCCGUCCGAGAAGAAAAACUCCGCCGCCCAGGAAGCGCACGCCGUGCAUUAUGCCGCCUUCAAUCCUCUGUCGCCGAGCUAUGUUCUGGUCGUUACCGCUACGCCGCAGCCUCGGAUCUUGAGUCGGGAUGGAGAAACGGUUACCGAGUUCGCCAAGGGAGAUAUGUACCUGAGAGAUCUACAUCAUACCAAGGGUCAUGUUUCGGAGGUGUCCAGCGGAGCGUGGUCGCCUACGGACGAAAACCUGUGCGUCACUGCGGGAUCGGACAGCACGGUUCGCAUAUGGGAUGCCAACGUUGGUCGGUCUCAGAAGGAGGUCAUCGUUCAUAAAUCGAGGGUCGCCGGGUCCGCUGGUCGGAGCAAGAUGACCGCCGUCGCAUGGGGCUCGCCGAAGCAAGGAGGUCCUAACGUGCUUGUUGCCGCUGCCCUGGAUGGUAGCUUGGUGAUGUGGGGUGGAGAUGGACCGUUUACGCGGCCCAGCGGUGAGAUUCGGGAUGCGCAUACUCGGGAUACGUGGACGAGUGGCAUCGACAUUAGCGCCUCCGGGCGACUUGUGAUCACCAAGGGCGGCGACGACACCAUCAAACUCUGGGAUACAAGGAAGUUCAAGCAGCCCAUCACGACUGUCGCGCAUCCUUCAAGCUCUUUCCGAUACCCCACGUCUAACAUCGUAUUCUCGCCUACAUCUGCGAACGUCCUCACAGGGUCGGAGACCGGCCACCUGCAUAUCUUGAACCCGGCUACGUUGAAACCGGAGCUGGUCACCCCGGUCACCCCUGGAUCGCCUCUGAUCACCGUUCAGUGGCAUGAGAAGCUCAACCAGAUCAUGACCGGCUCUGCCAACGCGGAAACCCAUGUACUCUACAACCCCAACACCUCCACCAAGGGUGCUGCCAUGGUCAUGUCCAAGGCACCCAAGCGCCGUCAUAUCGACGACGACCCGAACCUCACCAUGGAUCUCACCCAAGGGCUGUCGGGAGAUUCCAUCGUCACCGGGUCGAAUGGCAUACCCCAUUAUAGCUCGUCUACUCGGGCCUCGCGACACCCGAACGUUGGCAUGACGCACUCUGGUCGGCCCAAGGAUCCUCGACGACCUCAUCUGCCGGCCCAAACGCCAUUUGCAAAGUCGCAGCCGGAUGAGAGACAUAUCCGGGAAAACAUUCCACUGAGUUCCAUGCGUGACGAAGAUCCGCGAGAAGCUCUGUUGAAAUAUGCAGACAAGGCCGAGAAGGACCCGGUCUUUACUAAGGCGUGGAAGGAAACACAGCCCAAGACGAUCUAUCGGGAACUCAGCGACGACGAGGAGGAGCCGGAGAAGAAGAGGACGAGACGGUAG